CUCUGUUGUAGAGCAGCGCUGUUCCUAAUGAGGACAGUGUGAUGUAUCUGCAGACAGAGCUGAUCAGCUGUAGAUUGCAGGAAGCAGAGGCACUUACUGAACUCAAAAUGCAAAAAUAACACAUUAAAGACUUCGAGGAGAAAUGGCAGAACAAACUUCACAGUAACCAGCUAAAUCGAAUUGAAGCGCUCAUAAACAGCCAGGAAGAUCAUCUACAGGAGCUGACAUCACAGAACCAAGAUCUGUGCAGCCAAUUACAACAGAGCAGACAGCAGUUUUCAACUGUUCAAUACAAGUGAAAAGAAAAGCUGGACAAAGAAGCAGCGAACAUGACCAGCAUUGCAGUUCUUCAAAAGCAGAUCACAGAGUUACAAAUUCAAGCAGGAUUGGAGAGCCGUGAGUGAUUGGUGACCCUGAACCUGAUAACGGAGAGUAAACAUGCCGAGGUCAUUUUUGGUGAAGAGCAAACGGGCGCACAGUUAUCACCAACCCCGUUACCUGGACGACAACUGCAUCCCAAUUGAGAAACUUCUUACAUGCCAAGAAAGUCAAAUGGGGCAGAUCCCCGAGAGCCCGGUGGAGGUGGGCAAUCAUUCCCCUAAGGCCAGCAUGGUGUGCACGGCGGAUCAUUCUUCUCAACAGUCCCCGCUGAGCUGCGAGGGCAGUGUGUGUGACCGCUCAUCCGACUAUGAGGACUUCUGGAGACCCCUGUCAUCGGGAACCUCUCCAGAUCUGGAUAAAUACCCUGUGUCUUCUCCAGAUGACUCUCAGCCCUUCAACAUGACUUUCCGUCCGUAUGUUUGGGCCCAUUCAACAUCUGAACUCAGGCAUCUCAUUCAAUCCUGCAACCGUGUUUCUGUGGAUUCAGAGGCAUCAGUGGAGGUGUAUGAUGCCAUGGACAGAAGGCCGGGUGCCCAUCUACUCAUUGAACCAACACAAUCUGGGCGAUUUUACCAGGACUAUGGCUCUCUGACCUCUAAUUUGUUGGAUAGUAGAGGCUUUUAUGCCGACAUCAAGAUGUCAACUAAAGUAGCAGAAAUUGACUCAGAGUCUGAUAUUAUGUGCACGCAACUUCAGCUAAGCGGGUCAUACAAAUGCGUAAAAUGCACUAAGGUGUUUUCGACCCCUCAUGGGCUAGAAGUUCAUGUGCGGCGGUCACACAGUGGCACGAGGCCCUUCGCGUGCGAAAUCUGUGGAAAAACGUUCGGCCACGUCGUCAGCCUGGAGCAACAUAAAGCUGUCCAUUCACAAGAAAGGGUCUUCAGCUGCAAAAUCUGCGACAAAAGCUUCAAGAGGUCGUCCACUUUGUCCACGCACCUCCUCAUCCACUCUGACACCAGACCGUAUCCCUGUCAGUACUGUGGCAAACGAUUCCACCAGAAAUCAGAUAUGAAAAAACACACGUUCAUUCAUACAGGUGAAAAGCCCCACAAGUGUCAAGUGUGUGGCAAAGCCUUCAGUCAGAGUUCAAACCUCAUCACGCACAGCAGAAAACACACAGGAUUCAAGCCUUUCGGAUGUGAACUUUGUGGCAAAGGCUUUCAGCGCAAAGUAGAUCUGAGGAGACACAAAGAGACACAGCAUGGACUAAAAUAA